AUGGGGAUCAAGGAUGCAUUUGGGAUGAGUGAAAUAAGAAAGCUCUUUGGAGAUGACGCCUUUGUGGCAAGUCCUUUGAGCAAAUCACAGAUUGUGAAGUACAUUUCGUCCCCGAGUCCUAAGAAGCAAAUGCAGGCCGCAAAGAGCUUGAUGUGUAGGAUGCAGUGCGGGGAGGAUCUUUCCGAUCUCUGUAACGAUGUUAUAAAGGCAAUAGACACAAGAGACGCCGAGUUCAAAAGGAUGCUGAACCUGUACUUGGUAAGGUACAUACAGGGAUGGCCUGCAAAGCAGCUAAUAUGUAUUAACACAAUGUUGAAGGAUCUCGGAGACGGAAAUAAGGAGAUGAGAUAUUGUGCAAUUCAGGACAGUGGAUUACUAGGAGAUGGUGUGGUGAUAAAAAACUACAUCAAUCCUCUUAAAGAGCAUGGGAAGAGCCAGGUGCCUGAGACCCGGAGAAAAGUAGCAGACUCUCUACAAAACUAUUUCCGAAAAGAUUCAAAGUUAUUUUACGAUUCAGGACUUUGUGACCUAUUGAAAGAUUUGGCGUUUGAUGAAGAUCCUAGUGUGAGUGCAUCUGCAUUAAACAGUAUCCAAGUGAUUGAGGAGGAGACAAAGAUUCUGUCUACAGAAGACAUCUACAAGCUUUUUAGAAGGAACACAGAGUCUGGAAGCAAGGAAGUUCUUGGAAGCCUUCUGGAGGUAAUGAGGAACAGAGUAGAAGACUUUCACGACCCCUCUCUAUUAGUUGGCUUGCUGGCAACAUCCAACCUUCGUGUGUUCUAUCUAGCAUCCUCUCUACUUAUUUCGAUUGAUCCUUCCUACAAGCAGAUGGUGUUUGACCAUCUGAAAGGAUUUCUUUCAUCUUACGAUGAAGAGCUAUAUCUUGUGCUUGAUUAUGCAGAGUCUCUUCUUAAGGAUGUAAGUUACGACAACUCCUGUUUUGCCAUCUAUCACAGCGAUAAGAAGUACAACAAGAUAAAGAAGCUCAGGCUACUGUUCAAAAGAUUGGAUGCCACUUCUAUAAAGGAAAUAAAAAACCAAUGCAGAGAUGAAGAGCUUCUUAGUGUGAUUCUGAGGGAAUCUCUUGAUGCUGACUAUCUAAUAGAGGAGCCACUUAAGUGCAUUCAUAGGUCCGAUGAAAUGAUCCGGGUACUUUAUGAGGCAGACACGAUUCCUGAAAAGUGGGAAGGUGUGGUAAGAGAGCUUCUAAUGAAUGCAAGAAAAGUGGAAGAAAGGCAGAAGUACAUCUACCUUUGCGGGAGAUAUGUUCAUGAAGUCCCCCUCGAGAUCAUGAAUAUCCAGAACUUGGGCAUUCCAUCUCUUACAAAUGAAACCAUUAGGUUUUACCUCAACCUCCAUAGGAGAGGAGUGGCAAGCCUGGAAGAAACCCUUGCAUAUCUGCGCUUGAUACAGAAAGGUUCCAAGGACAGAGUUAAGAUGGUGAUCAAUGAGUUGAAGGUGCGAGGGAUUGGAGUAUUCGCAACGUUUUGUGAUUCCAAGAAAAGAGACUUCGACGGUGCUGAUGCCAAGAGGUUUGUCACUGUAAAGCCUAAGGAGAAGUCCAGCUCGAUACUUGAUGUGAAGCCCUACUAUGGGCUUGAGGAGAAUAGACUUAUUGGCGAUGAUUCCGAGAAGAUCACAGAGGAGUUUCCUGGCGGAGAGGAAUCCUUAGCUGAAAGCUGCUUCUCUCUUGAAAAAGGCUCUGGGAAUGCUGACGGUCGUUCUGAUGUGACCGGAGACAGCGCCGCACUUCCCUCUAGCUAUUCACACCAUCCAACCUUAUUCCUGGGCAAGCAAGAUGAGGAAAAUGUCUGGCUGAGGUUUGCAGAGAGGCAAUACUCCAUAGGCGGGAAGAGAGGAAAGGAGGAGGAGUCGAUGAGACUAAUAGACACAAAUGGCCUGAAGGGGAUCCUUAGCAUCUCCAAUGACGAAGUCAUCCUUCAGGUUGAUAUAUUAGAAAGCCCAUUAGUUAUUUAUUAUAAAUGCAAAGGAAGACUCAACAACGUUAGGGUUGAUGCGGAAGGAGUGUUUCCUCUCUUCUCAAUAAACCUUUCAGUAGUCAACUCGAAGUUCAGUUUGACAAUAGGAAAGUCCACUUAUGGUAUUCACCUAGGAAUUAGAAGUUUGAUGGUCCCUUACAAGUGCUCAAAAGGUGAGUUUGAGAAAGGAUUCCAGGAACUCAAGGACUAUAUCCUCUUAGAUGGGCUUGACAUGGAAAGGACCUAUCCAGUAGACAGCUAUUCAUUCUCAUUCUCUGUCCUUGGAUCAAGGUUUUAUGGAAAGCAUCUUGAUAAUCAAGUGAUUCUGAAGGGCUCGAAAAAGCUGCUAGGGCUCUUUUGA